AUGUCUUUAUUAAGUGAUUCUGAUUUAAAGGAAAUUCAUAAAAAGAUUAUUGACAGCACAAUAAAAAAUUGUGGUCAGUUUUAUAAUGCAAGAAUAUUGGAAGCAAUAAAAACGAGGUGGAUAAAAAUAUAUGAGCAAAAAUUAAGAAACAAGGAACUUGGAUUAGCCUCGAACAAAAAGGAAAACAAAAAUAGCAAAAUACAAUUAAGCGACGAUUUUGAUGAUGACGAAUUUGAAGAUGCCGAUGUUGAAGAAAAAGAAAUAGUAGAGUUUCAAGAAGAAGUUGAAAAUGAUCCAGCGGAAGAAGAUGAAUUAAAUGAUCUGGACAAUAUUUCCAUAAGUGAUUUAAGUGACGUUGACCCAGAAACUAAUAAUAUAAUAAUAGGAGUUUGUGAUAAGAUAUCUAAACCUUGUGGUAGAAGAAAUGUUGGAAGUAACUGGAAAAUUAAACUUAAAGGUGGACUUAUGAAGAUUGAUGGGAAGGAAAUGUUUUUUCACGGCUUACAAGGAGAAUUGGAAUUUUAA